AUGGCGGCUAUACCCGAAACACACCCACCGCCGCCGGAGCCUCCAAUCACAUCCUUACCGGAAAUCGUACCGGCAACAACAGCACAACCAAACGGCAAUAUCAUCGUACCUCCCACGUUAGCUCCGAAACGGCGACGCCGUCCGAGCGUCCGUUUAGGAGAAAUCGGCGACCAACACGGCAUCUCGCGCCUCCAUAACCAUCCUCCGUGGAGCUGGCAACUUUCAAAGGAAUCUUCCAGAACAUUCAAACCCCGAACCGUAGCGAAUCACGCUAACGAAAUCAUCGAUUUCGGUAACCACCGAAGAGGUAAAGCAAAACGAGGCUCAACGAAACGAUUGAGGUCGGAUUCUGCUCCGAAACCGAUCGACAAGAACGGAAGGCAAGAUUUCAAAAAUCUCGAUGAUGAUCACGAUCACGAUCGAGUUAGUCCGGUUCAUUCUGUUGAUGAGAACGGUAACGGAAACGGUUACUGGCAUGCAAAUCAAAAUAAUGAUAACCGAAUUAGGGUUUCGGAAAACGAAGGAGUUGAAUCAGAAUCAAGGGAAGGAAGAAAAAACGAAGGAGUUUGGUGCUGGCUAUUUGAUUUAGGGUUGAGUAGGUAUGCUCCAAUGUUUGAGAUUCAUGAAGUGGAUGUUGAGUUACUUCCCAUGUUGACAUUGGAGGAUCUCAAGGAUAUGGGAAUUAGUGCUGUUGGUUCAAGAAGGAAGAUGUAUACUGCAAUUCAGAAACUUCAAAAAGGGUUUCCAUGA